AUGGCGGCAGCGGCGGCAGCUGGUGUGGCCUCCGGGCUGCCGGGGCCGGUGGCCCAGGGGCUGAAGGAGGCGUUGGUGGACACGCUCACGGGGAUCCUGUCCCCGGUGCAGGAGGUGCGGGCGGCCGCCGAGGAGCAGAUUAAGGUGCUGGAGGUGACGGAGGAAUUUGGUGUUCACCUGGCAGAGCUGACCGUAGAUCCCCAGGGGGCAUUGGCGAUCCGUCAGCUGGCAUCAGUCAUCUUGAAGCAGUACGUGGAGACUCACUGGUGUGCCCAGUCGGAGAGGUUCAGGCCUCCUGAGACCACAGAAAGGGCAAAAAUUGUCAUCCGGGAGCUAUUGCCCAAUGGCUUAAGAGAGUCGAUAAGCAAGGUGCGCUCCAGCGUGGCCUAUGCGGUGUCAGCCAUCGCUCACUGGGACUGGCCCGAAGCCUGGCCCCAGCUCUUCAACCUGCUCAUGGGGAUGCUGGUGAGCGGAGACUUAAACGCAGUCCACGGCGCCAUGCGAGUGCUUACAGAGUUCACUCGAGAAGUCACAGACACCCAGAUGCCGCUCGUUGCUCCUGUCAUUCUCCCAGAGAUGUACAAGAUCUUCACCAUGGCCGAGGUGUAUGGUAUUCGAACCCGUUCCCGAGCCGUGGAGAUUUUUACCACUUGUGCCCAUAUGAUCUGUAACAUGGAGGAGCUGGAGAAGGGUGCCGCCAAAGUCCUGAUCUUCCCUGUGGUGCAGCAGUUCACAGAGGCCUUCGUCCAGGCCCUCCAGAUACCAGACGGCCCCACGUCUGACAGCGGGUUUAAGAUGGAAGUCCUGAAGGCAGUGACAGCCCUGGUGAAAAACUUCCCAAAGCACAUGGUGUCCUCCAUGCAGCAAAUUCUGCCUAUUGUUUGGAACACCCUAACUGAAAGUGCAGCUUUUUAUGUGAGGACGGAAGUAAAUGACACAGAGGAAGUAGAAGAUGCUGUGGAUUCUGAUGGUGAAGUCCUGGGCUUUGAAAAUCUCGUCUUUAGCAUUUUUGAAUUUGUCCAUGCUCUCCUAGAAAAUAGCAAGUUCAAAAGCACUGUCAAGAAGGCCUUGCCUGAGUUGAUUUACUAUCUCAUCCUAUACAUGCAGAUCACCGAGGAGCAGAUCAAAGUGUGGACAGCCAACCCCCAGCAGUUUGUGGAGGAUGAAGAUGAUGACACCUUCUCCUAUACUGUCAGGAUCGCAGCCCAAGACUUGUUGCUGGCUGUGGCCACUGAUUUCCAGAAUGAGAGCGCAGCAGCCCUGGCCGCCGCAGCAACUCGGCAUUUACAGGAAGCUGAGCACACCAAGAAUGGCGGCACCGGACAUUGGUGGAAGAUCCAUGAGGCGUGCAUGUUGGCCCUCGGCUCGGUGAAGUCCAUCGUCACCGACAGCGUGAAGAGUGGCAGGAUCCCCUUCGACAUGCAUGGCUUCCUGACCAAUGUCGUCCUCGCGGACCUCAACCUCUCAGUGUCUCCUUUCCUCUUGGGCCGGGCCCUUUGGGCUGCCAGUCGGUUCACUGUUGCUAUGUCCCCUGAAUUGAUCCAGCAGUUUCUUCAGGCAACAGUUAGUGGUCUUCAUGAGACACAGCCCCCAUCAGUUCGAAUUUCUGCAGUGAGAGCCAUCUGGGGUUACUGUGACCAGCUGAAAGUCUCAGAGAGCACCCACGUGCUUCAGCCCUUCCUCCCCAGCAUCCUGGAUGGCUUAAUUCACCUGGCGGCUCAGUUCAGCUCAGAGGUCCUCAACCUGGUGAUGGAGACGCUGUGCAUCGUUUGUACGGUAGACCCAGAGUUCACAGCAAGCAUGGAGAGCAAAGUCUGCCCCUUCACCAUCGCCAUCUUCCUGAAGCACAGUAACGAUCCUGUGGUCGCCUCGCUGGCUCAGGACAUCUUCAAGGAGCUGUCCCAGAUUGAAGCCUGCCAGGGCCCCAUGCAGAUGAGGCUGAUUCCCACCCUGGUCAGCAUCAUGCAGGCACCAGCAGACAAGAUCCCUGCGGGGCUCUGUGCGACGGCCAUUGACAUCCUGACCACGGUCGUGCGGAACACGAAGCCCCCCCUCUCCCAGCUGCUUAUCUGCCAGGCUUUCCCUGCUGUGGCCCAGUGCACCCUCCACACGGACGACAACGCCACCAUGCAGAACGGUGGUGAGUGCCUGCGGGCCUAUGUGUCAGUGACGCUGGAGCAGGUGGCCCAGUGGCAUGACGAGCAGGGCCACAAUGGGCUGUGGUACGUGAUGCAGGUGGUGAGCCAGCUCCUGGACCCCCGCACCUCCGAGUUCACUGCCGCCUUUGUGGGCCGCCUCGUGUCCACCCUCAUCUCCAAGGCGGGGCGGGAGCUGGGGGAGAACCUGGACCAGAUUCUCCGCGCCAUUCUCAGCAAGAUGCAGCAGGCGGAGACGCUCAGCGUCAUGCAGUCCCUGAUCAUGGUGUUCGCCCACCUGGUGCACACCCAGCUGGAGCCCCUCCUGGAGUUCCUGUGCAGCCUCCCGGGGCCCACCGGCAAGCCUGCCCUGGAGUUCGUGAUGGCCGAGUGGACCAGCCGCCAGCACCUCUUCUAUGGGCAGUACGAGGGCAAAGUCAGCUCUGUGGCGCUGUGUAAGCUGCUCCAGCACGGCAUCAACGCGGAUGACAAGCGGCUGCAGGACAUCCGCGUGAAGGGGGAGGAGAUCCACAGCCUGGACGAGGGCACCCGCACCCGCUCCAAGUCGGCCAAGAACCCUGAGCGCUGGACCAGCGUCCCCCUGCUGGUCAAGAUCCUGAAGCUGAUCAUCAGCGAGCUGUCCAGCGUCACGGAGGCCAACGCCGCGCGCCAGGCCGCCCCCGCAGACUGGAGCCAAGAUGACUCCAGCGACAUGUGGGACGACCAGGAGGAGGACGACGACGAUGAGGAGGACGGCCUGGCAGGCCAGCUCUUGUCCGAUAUUCUCGCCACGAGUAAAUACGAGGAGGAUUACUAUGAGGAUGAUGAGGAAGACGACCCUGAUGCCCUGAAAGACCCUCUCUAUCAGGUCGAUCUGCAGGCGUACCUCACGGACUUCCUCUGCCAGUUUGCUCAGCAGCCCUGCUACGUGGUGUUCUCAGGCCACCUCAACGACCACGAAAGGCGGGUUCUGCAGACCAUUGGCAUCUGA